AUGAACGAACAAUUCGCCUUUUUACCUGAUAACCGUUUUCCACCGAAAGACGUUACAAGGAAAUUCUAUUAUAGCAAGAAUCCAUACAAUGAUGAAAAUGCUAUGUUGCAAGCACUGCAUAAAAAGCCCUUGUGCAUUAUUGUACUGGGAAAACCGUGUUCAGGAAGAACCACAUUAUCAAAAAAGCUGUGUUCUAAGUGGAAAUUGCAACUGGUGAAUGCACUACAACUUUUAAAUGAAAAUGUUGAUGCUGAUACGGAAAUUGGCAAAGCUAUCAAUGAAAUUAUGAUCAGUGGUCAAGCUUUGGACGAAAGAAUGGUGUAUAACUUAUUGACGCAAAAGCUUGAGUCCCCAGAGUGUGCGCACUAUGGAUAUGUCUUAGAUGAUUUACCAAUUUACUGUCAGUCAAGCAUUGGGAUCGAGGAACAGAUGUCAUUUAUUGAAUCCAUGAAUAUGAAGCCCGAUUUAAUUGUUCAUAUUAAGAUACCUGAGGAUGACAUUUUAAAAAGACGUGAAGGAUUACGAGUGGAUGUCGAAGAUGGAACCUUAUACUCUAGUCGAAAUUAUAUGCCUGAAGUAAAAUUACCAGAUAAACCACAAGAAAAAUUUGCAAGUAAGGCGGAGAAAGAGAAACCAUCGAAGACUGAAGAUCCAGCUGACGAUGAGGCAGACAAUAUACCUGAAGAAGAUGUUGAAACUAUGGAAGAAGGAGAAGAAGAAGAAGACAGGCCUCGAGAACCGAGUCAUCCUGAUUUUGAAAUCGUAGAGAAGGAAAGAUUUGAAUAUUUAGUUUCACGACUAGAAGAUAUUCCAGAGAGGAUGAAAGCAGAUUUAAAAUAUCAUGAAGAAAAUAUUUGUUCACGUAUAACUUCUUAUGUAUCAAAAUUUAAUCCAUUUAAUAUUAUCGAAUUAGAUGGAAACCUCACUCCUACUGAACUAUUUUACAAUUUACUAGUCAAACUACAAGGCAUGAAUUUUUAUCCAUCAGUGGCUCCAUUGAGAUUUUAUGGACCAAGUAAUGAAGAAGAAGAGGAAGUGGUACCUGAAGAUAUGGAUACUGAAGAACUAUUUCAAACACUAGCAAUUAAAAAGAUGCCUGGUCCACGUGCUCGCUGGCACAAAAGUCCAUGGAAGCGCUUAUGUCCAGUAGCAUUAUAUGAAGGUCAACUAUCAAUUGGUAAACCAGAAUUUACAGUUGGUUAUCUUGGUCAGAUAUUCUGCCUUUCAAAUAUUACCAAUUAUACACUAUUUAUGAAAAAUCCAAGACCAUAUUUACUACCGCCUCAACCAAGACCACCAUUUCGUGUUAUUGUACUCGGAGCUAAGUCAACUGGUAAGACUCAGCUGAUACGUGUAUUGGCUGAAUCAUACAGAGCUAGAAUUAUUGAUCUAGUUGGAAUGCUUCAAGAAGAAUAUGAUAAAAUAUUAAAUGAAAGAUUACAAGAAGUUCAAGAGACCACAGAGGCUAUUGUUAUUAAAGAAGUCACUGAACGACAUGAAGCUGAACUUGAAGCCUAUAAAACUAAUAAAAUUGCUGAGCAUACAAGUGAAGUGAUUACACAGAAAAUUGCAGAUGAAAUAGAAGAAGAUGCCAUUAAAGAUGCUGCAGAAAUUUAUGAUGACGACACAGAAAGUGAAGAAAAUUUACGUCAACCGGUGGAUAAAAAUCAUCCAGAAGUUAAAACAAGAGUUAAGAAAGCUAUACAUUUAGCUAAACAAGAACCAAUAGAAUUGGAUGUUGAUCUUUACAUUAACGCUGUACGUGUUGCAGUCGAAGAGGUUGAAGAUGAAUUACGUAAAAAUAAUCCAGGGGGUCCUUAUCAUGGUCAGUGGAUUAUAGAUGGGCUUCCUGUACGACCAGAUGUCUGGCAAGGUUUUGUUGAGAAAGCACCAGAUCUGCUACCAGAUUUAAUGGUUUACCUGCAAGAUACAAGCCAAAAUUCGGAGUAUUUGAUUAAACGGUGGAUUAAACUGAAAGUGGAAGAAUUCAGUGAUAUUGAAACAGUCGAUCCGUUUGACAAUACUGAUAGUACAAUUUCACAGGAUUUGGAAAGUGAACAAUUACCUAAAGUACCUGAUGAAAUUAGCCUUUUAACUGGUCGUCAAGGUCAAUCCGCACUAACACGAAUCAAAGAACUGGAUAAAAUGUGGUCACAAACCUCUGAUAUUUUAUCGCGUACAACACAACCACUAGGUGCACCAAUUGAUAUUUACGAAUUAAGUAUAAUUGACAAGACAAUGGAUCAAAUGCGAGAUGAAGUAUUGGAAAGAUUAGUUAAACAAUUCAAAUUAGAAGCUGUACCAAAAACACAAGAUGACUUAGACGAAGAGGAAGAAGAAGAUGCUGGUGCCUUUGAAGAGGAAGUUGAUGAAGAAUUCGAGAUGGGAGAAGAAGGUAUGGAAGAAGGCCAAGCAGAGAAUGAAGAGGAAGAGGAAGAAGAGGGUGGAGGUGAAGAAUUAGGUGAAGGGGAAGGUGAAGAAGAAGAGGAAGAACCAGAUCCCAGUAGAAAUUUACAAAAGAAAUUAGGCUUAACAAGUUAUUUCUGUCCAGUUACUUUACAUGAACAUGAAGUACUGCGUGCUGGUGAUCCAGAUAUUGCAGCUGUCUACCAGAAUUUAGUCUACUACUUUGCUAAUGAAGAUGCGAGACUGAAGUUUAUUGAAAAUCCAGAUAAGAUACUGAACACUGGAAAUGGAUUAAUAAAGCUUCCGCCGCCAAGAAUCCUAGUAAUUGGACCGACUGGUACUGGCAAAUCAUUACACAGUCGUCAAAUCGCCUUGAACUUAAAUCUUGUUCAUAUUGACUUUUCAAGUUUACUACAAGAAAUUAUAUUUCCUAAAUUUGGUCGAAAAAUUGGUAAAGAAUACGUGGAUUUUGAGCCGGUACCUGACAUUGUACUGCCACCUCUCGAAGAACCAACUGAUGAGGUUGAAGAAGGCCAGGUUAAGUUACAAAGUCAAGAAACAGAUCGAUUCAAUACAAAAGCAGACAAUGCAUCCAAAGAAAAUGAAUCAGAACAACCACCUGUACUAGAUGAACAUGAAACAAAUAUUUCAGAAUACCUGUUAAAUUCAACACAAAUACCGAAUGAAACUUUGGAAUGGUUACUGGGCAAACUUUGGAAACAAGAACCUUAUAAAUCUAUAGGCUUUAUACUGGAUGGCUUUCCACAGACUACUGAAGACUUACAAUUUUUAAUUACAUCAAAUUAUUUCUUUGACUGUGCUUUAUUUUUAAAUACUGAAGUUGACGAAGUUGUCUCUAGACUAUUGCCGCCUAGACUAGAAGCCUGGCGUAAACGAAUGGCGAAAAAGGCUGAGAAUGCGAGUAAAUUAAAAGAAUGGAAAGCUGCAAAAAAGAAAUUAGCAAUGGAAAAAAGACGAACAGAAAUUCUGAAGGAGUUGCAAGAGAAAAGGGAAAAUGCAAGGAUGAAAGAAAGCACUGAAGACGGUGACACUGAAGAAGAUGAAGAGUUGGAGGAUGAAGUGAAUAUUGACGAAAUGUUGGCAGAAGAAUUUGCGGAAGAAGAAGAUGAAAUGGAUGCCGAGGAAGAAGAGACUGAAGCAGAUGCCAUUGAACGGUUAACUGAAGAUAUUACAGAAACAUUCACAGAGGCUAAUGAUGUAUUUGGAGAAAUUGCUGAACAAAUAGAAGAAUUAUCUAUACCUAAAUAUGAAGUAGAUUCUGGUGGAAGAGUAACAUGGGCUCGUUAUCGAGUUGUUAAA